CUGAAGUAGUGAUGAGCAGAAGACAGAACUGGAGGAGAUCUUCACCAGGAGAAGACGAGAUGCGCUUCCUCUGCAUGACCACCUGUCAACAAGCCUCAUGAGAAUCUUUGCACUGUGUGUGGAAUAUAAGCCGUGCUCUCUGCUUGCAGUCAGAUCAUGGAGAAGCUCUUACCCAUCCUGGCGGCUCUGAUUUCAGCGCAUGGCGUCCGCUCCCACAGAGGUCUCCUCUGUACGAACGACUUCUUGAGAAGCGUCAGCUGCUUGUGGAACGGCUCUGCGCUGGAUCCCAGCGCGGACUGCUGGAUCUCGGGCGUGAAGAAAGUGUUUGUCGAUUUCGAACCUGAAAUGAUCACCCAGAGCUGCCUCCUGAAACACCAUGAAAAUUCUCUUCCGGGCUGCAGUUUUGCUUUUCAAAAUCAAGAGUUCUCGGGGUCGGAGGUGAUGCCGAACAUCAGCAUGAGGUGCGACGGCACUUUGGUGGAGACGAUUCAGAGCUAUAAGCUGAGAAAUCACAUUAAAAUGCAUCCUCCAGGCGCUCCUCACGUCAAUAGCACUGCCAACGCAACUUGGAUAUCUUGGAGUCUCGGUCCCGACGUCUCAAAGUAUCUGAUUCGUUCUGGCGUUGGAUUUCAAGUUCAGCUUAAAAAGAAGGGCCAAACCUGGGAGGAGGCCAGCCCGUUGUACACUGAGCAGCUGGAGCCAGUGAUCCUCGUGGAGAAGCUGGAGGGCCGGGUGGAGCUCCGGGUGAGGGCCAGACCCCUCCGCAGGACCCCCAGCCAGUGGAGCGAGUGGAGCCCCACGGCGUCCUGGACGGGCGCUUCAGACCAGCCGGAGGCGCCGGGAAGCGAAGAGUGGUGGCUGCGUCAGACAGCAGUGCUGUCCGUGGGACUGCUGCUCCCCUUGUGUCUCAUUAUUUCUGCACUACUGAUAAUUUACAGAAGUUAUAAGACCAGGGGGCUCCUCAAAAAGAAGCCGAUCCCGAACCCUUCGGAGUACUUCUGCACGCUGCACUCUGUCCACGGAGGGAAUCUGAAGUCUUGGCUGAAUCCUCUGUCGGAUUCCGGCUCCUUCUUCACGUCGCAGCCAUGCGAGCAGAUCUCUCCGGUGGUGCUGUGUGAAAGCUGGGAUGGCGUCCCCUCUGCUCCCCCCGCCGCCUCCAGCUCCACCAGCGCCCUGCUUCACUUCCAGAACCGCCGCUCCGACGGCUCCCAGACCAGCGGGGCCGUCGACGACUCGUCCUCCUCGUCCUGCUUCUCCAACAUCGGAUACUUCAUGUCCAGCUCCUCCGGCGGCUCCGAUCACGCCAACUCCAACCUGGCCUACUUCACCUAUCAGGACGACCCCUGCGCCCUUCAGCCCUUCCUCUUCCCGUCGCUCGCCCCCUGGACGACGUACGAGAGCCUGAAGAAGGAGCCGCACAGCCCAGACUCCGGCUUCUGCAUCGGGAAGGAAGACGAGCUGGACAUCGACCUCGAUGUAGAAGACGAUCUGGACGAUCUGAGCUCACACCUUCUGACCCUCCCUCUGCAGCUCCCGUUCCAGAUUUGCCCCCUGACCUCUCCCCCGGGUCCUCCUCACCCUGUCAGCGUCGCGCCGGUUUCCCCCGACGUCCAGCCGGCGGACGUCGUCGCCACGGUUGCCAGCAGCGGCGGCAGCGGCAGCCCCGGGGCCAUGUGCAGGUCCUCCUCCAUGCCGGCGGAGUCCUGCAGAACCGGCUACGUAACGCUGAAAGAGCUGCAGACGACGUUCAGCAACAAAUCCAUCUGAGCCAACGAUCACGCCGUUACACUUCCCAUUCUGAUCAGCAGACCAGCGUUUUUACUUUAUAACGUUACCAGAUGUUCGGGUAACUCAGGAUCCUGGCUGCUAUGAGUACAUUACUAAUAUUUCUAUGAGGCUGGUGUCAAAUUACAAGAGCACUGUGCUAUAUUUCGGCUUGAAGAGACAGGGGAUCAAAAUAAACAGCAUGACUGAAACAAUCUAAAGUGUAAUCACAGAAUUCAACAGCAUUAAUUCAGAGCUCAUUAACAGCAACAACUCCUGUUAACAGUAAGAAUAAUGACUUUAGUCCUUCUGGUUUUUUGUGCCGAUUGUUGUCGUACUCAGGCGGAUCAUCAUUACAAGCAGUGAUCAUGUAGAAAUAGCUCAUGGGGACCACGGCUUGUAGAUUAAGAUGCGACACGGAGCGUCGAUGGUCGGGUUUUAGUCGAUAUAAAAUGCAAAGACGCAGAUUCACAGGCAGUGUGAGGGGCCGCUGGAGCCUUCAUCAUCUCAGGUUUACUAUAUUUACAAGUAUCAUACCUCCUCAAUAACUUCUAACGUGCACUUCAAACUAUCCACGCAUCAUUUUGCUUGACUUUAUCCGCGUUUGUGUUGACUAUAUAUAUAUAUAUACAUACAUAGCAAAGUGGGAAUUACUUUAACAAGACUGCAACUCUGUUACGAACAGCUGUCUUUUCAAGAGCAGCUCCGAACUACUUUAACUACGUUCUGUUACAGAUAUUUAGUUGUGAACGCUCGUGCUGAAAAUCAGUUAAAGUGCUUGGAUUUUCUAAGUAGCUCUGUUACCAUGGAAAUAACCUGUAGUUGUGAUUGUGCGUGUGUGUGUGUGUGUGUGUGUGUGUGUGUGUGUGUGUGUGUGUGUGUGUGUCAUCAAAUGUUCAUGAUAAAAUGUAAUCACCCGCUUUAUCCACACAGACUGCAUUGUAGUGUAAAAAUAGUGAAUACGUACAUAACAAUC